GGCCCCGCCCACCGGCGCUCGUUCCCACUCGGGUCCGCUGCGCCCGCGGCAGCGCUUCGCCGCGCGCCAUGGCCGGGCUGCUGGCGCUGCUGGGCCCAGCGGGCCGGGUGGGCGCCCGGGUCCGGCCUCGCGCUACCUGGUUCCUGGGUGCCGCUGCCCCCUGCGCGCCGCCGCCCCUGCUGCUGCCGCUGCUCCGGCCCGGGCCCGAAGCCCCGCUGCUGCGUGCGGCCCGCGGGCACAGCCAAGGCCACCAGGAAGGAGAGCGGAACCCCGUGCGACACGAAAGCCGCCCAUUCCUGCCCCAGCACAUCUCCCCUUCUGUGGUCUGUGCCCAGGACCCCGGCAAAAUCACGGCGACGACAGGCAGGGACGGCGGCAGCACGGAGGAGAAAAAGCCAAGCAAGUCACAGCAGCUGAGAAAGAUUUUUCAAGAGUAUGGUGCUGUUGGAGUGUCGCUGCACAUUGGGAUCUCCUUGAUCUCCUUGGGCGUAUUUUACACGGUCAUUUCAAGCGGUGUGGACAUGUCUGCAGUCCUGCUUAAACUCGGAUUUAAGGAGUCACUGGUACAGUCAAAAAUGGCGGCGGGCACAAGUACCUUCGUGGUGGCCUACGCCAUCCACAAGCUGUUUGCACCCGUGAGAAUCAGCAUUACCUUGGUUUCCGUGCCCUUCAUCGUCAGAUACUUUCGCAAAGUGGGAUUUUUUAAACCUCCAGCUGCAAAGCCUUGAUGAACUCUUCAGUUGCGGGCCUGCAAACCUGGUUCUUUUAGAUAGAAAUUUGGGGUUAGUCUUAGGAUAUAGCUUUCUGGGGGCAGGGUGGGGACAGGAAGCUAAUUGCUAUGUUCUCACGAAUAAGUUUUACCUUUCCCAGCAAAAUCCAGGGUGUCUGUUAAUAAUUGUAAUCAUUUUGCUCCACACAUGUUGCAAAUGCUGUUUAUCACAGGGCUUGUAUACCUAAUCUAAAAUGUCAGCAAAACAUCACAAAUUGUCACCUCCACAAAACAUUCCUUCUGGAAGAUCGGUGGUGAGGUUCUAGUCUGGAGAAGCCCCAGGGAUUCAUCUCUGCUCCACUUCUUAAAGGGCAGUGAUUCAUUAAGCUGGUUUUAAAAAUUCCCCUUUCUCCAAUAUCUGCUGUCAGGCUGCCUGCGGUUUAAUAAGCAAUAUUCUGCAAAACAGCUGCCAGGGCCACAAUUAAUGAAGCAGAAUUUAAGAUUUCCCAGUAGGUAAUCAGGAUCUAAAUUAGCAUCAACACUUUGACAUUGGUUAUACUUGUUUCGGGGGGAAGAAAACCCACAAGUAUUUCUGGCGUGUUUCAUUGAUCCUCAACAACCUUCGCAUCUGGACAGGGUGGACGCCUACCUCAGGCAGGUGUUCUCUCAUUUCGUGAAACUAGUCCAUUUGUCCCUGUUUAGGUAAAAUACAGAAGCUUUGUCCAGUCCUAAUGGCAUCACUCGGCUUCUGCCGGGCCUGGUCCACGGGUGAAUUUGGACACUGCGCAUGCAGAAAGCUCAGACAAUCUUUGCUCAAUCUAGAUCUCCAGCUUCAGACAUUCCAGAACUGUGGUCACAAUGUUUACAUUGUGUUGCUAUUCCCAUUUUUAAUUGAGUUGAAAUUAUGUUCUAUAGGAAGAGAUUUUGUAUCGCUGUCUAGAAAGGAAACUUAGUAGCACUUGCUGUAAAUGGGAGGCAAGUGCGGAAAUAAUGCAAAAUAAUACACCCCGGCUGGGGGAGGGGAUGUGUAAUUACUUUCCGUUGAGCCAGUUUUACCCGGUAAAGGGUGUUGGACGUGACCUGAGGUCUUCCCAUUUGCUGUUAAGGACAUUAGUUAAGAACAGAAACUCAGGCACACAGGUCCAAAUUGAGAUUUUUGUCCUCGAAGCAGAUAGGAGCAGGCAAACCAGAGAGAACUGCUUUCUGUGGGAUCCACGUAAUGUACCCUCCAGGCCCUGCCCACACAAAGCCCUGUCCACACUAGGAACCCAAUUCAACAAAUUCUGCCCUGCCACCAUGGUUGAGGGAGUUCCAGGUUUCGUUUGUUUGCCUGAUUACGUGUGUGACAGAGAACCCAAGAUACCAUAAACUGACCAUCCUUUUACCACCUGGCUGCUGACAGUUCCCUGGUUAAGCCUUAGCAACCUAUGUCCAUAAUUUCAGUUCUUUUCCAAGAAGCUCUGUGGGACAAAUUCUCCACUUGCAACAUCUUUGAAGUGGUUUUUUUUUCUCCCCUUUUAAAGCAAUGAGCCCCUUGCCAAAAGGUUCUACCCAUUUCACGUUGGAACUGCCUUUCUGGGAUCUAAUUCCAAGAACAUCUACACGGCUCAGUGAGAGGCCUCAUGGAAUGUGGCAAUUCCUCCUGUGGCCUGGUCUGUCUACACAGUUGGCUUCGUGCUCCCAACCACCUUCCCUGCCGGUCUCCAUACCUUUCAGAUCCCCAGCAAUGCCUAUGCAAGAAAAGCUGACAGUCCCUCAGGUUUAAGAGCUGAAAUCUGAAACUUUGAUUCCAUGGAGGAAGUGGAAAGACAGGGCAAGCAAUAAAACCAAUCAUCAAACCAAAUAGCCAUGGCCUUCUCUCCUAAGUAAGCCCCACCUCCACUCCACUCCACUCCGGCCGGUGGUCCCAACAGAACAGAGACACUGGAGACGAUGAAAUCAGAGGGUCAGGGACUAUGUGAAUUCACCAGCAAGAUGUACAGAUUGCUCGUACUUAACACUGUUUUUAUGGAACUAGGGGAAUAAAACAUGCUGUAUUUUAAAAAUGUAAGCCAUUGCUCAGCCCUAAUUUUGUAUCUGACAAAAGGAGCCGCUUAAGUUCCGUGAAAACAAAUAAACAUCUUUGUAGCCUA